AUGGCUAUUAUCCAGAAAAAUGGAAAACAACAAGGUUGGGCUUCUAAAACAAUAAGUACUUCUGGAAGGCUGUGGUCCAUGGCCAUUUUUGCCGGCUAUAGGAGGGGUCUCUGCAACCAGAAGGGGCACACAGCUCUUCUUAAAAUUGAAGGUGUUUAUGCUCGAGAUGAAACUGAAUUCUAUCUAGGCAAGAGAUGUGUUUAUGUGUACAAAGCAAAGAACAACACAGUAACUCCUGGUGGAAAACUGACCAAAACCGUGGUAAUCUGGGGAAAGGUAAUUCAUGCUCAUGGAAACAGUGGCAAAGUUCGUGCCAAAUUCCAAAGCAAGCUCCCUGCUAAGGCUAUUGGACACAGAAUCUGGGUAAUGCUGUACCCCUCAAGGAUUUAA